GGAACAUAAUGAGUGGGGCCCAGCUGUCAUUUGAUGACCAUCCAGCUAUUGUCCUUGACAGUGGGUCUGGCACUUGUCGGGCAGGGUUAGCUGGGGAUGAGACCCCCUCUUCCUUGUUCCCCAGCAUUGUAGGGCGGCGAAAAUUCCUGCUUGAGUCUAUAGAUGAGGCUUAUGUUGGGACUGAUGCCCAACAGAGAAGAGAACUGCUUCACCUGAGCUACCCCAUAGAGCAUGGCAUUGUGGUCAACUGGGAGGACAUGGAGAAGAUCUGGGACCACACGUUCUUCUCUGACCUCAAGCUGUCACCUGAGGAACACCCAAUCCUCACCAGUGAACCACCACUCAACCCAAAGGGAAACAGAGAGAAAACGGCGCAGGUGUUGUUUGAGACGUACAAAGCCCCUGCCAUCUUCAUGGCAUACCAGCCUGUCCUCAGUCUGUUGGCAUCGUUCCAGUACCAGGGCAUUGUCGUCAGUGUUGGGGACGGGGUCUCGUAUGUGGUGCCCCUAUGCGAGUCUGAGACCCAGCUUCACAGUGUCCGCAGGGUCGACCUAGGCGGCAGGGACCUGACGCUACAGCUGCAGCAGCUCCUGUACAAGAGAGGCUACAGCUUCACCUCCAGCUGCGAGUUGGACAUUGUCAGAGACAUGAAAGAAAAACUUUGUUUCGUUGCUCGGGAUAGGAGUCAUUUUAAAAAACUGUCCACGCCAAUGGCGUCUAAAUGUGAAGGGUCGUACAAGUUACCGGAUGGUUCUGUAAUCAAGUUGGACCACGAGCGGUAUAUGUGCCCGGAGAUGAUAUUCGAACCUGAAGAUGAUUCCCAGGAGUUUAAAGGAUUGUCUGGUUUGAUUGAAGAUUCUAUCAACAGUUUGGACAUCAGUUGCAGGAAGGAUAUGUACAUGUGUGUGAUUGUGUCCGGGGGUACCACCUUUCUGCCUGGGUUUACAGAACGUUUGCAGAAAGAGCUUCUGUGCGCCUCCCCCCCUGGUGUCCACCACGUCAAACUGUGUGCGCGGCCAGAGAGGGGUCACUAUGAGUGGCUGGGUGGGUCCAUCAUGGCCUCCCUCUCCACGUAUCAACAAGUGUUCAUAUCGAAGAAAGAAUACGAGGAAGUAGGUCCUAGUCUUGUUAGUCGAAAACAUUUUUACUGAUUUACCUCACUAUUAAGCUUACAGUACAGUUCUAAUCUACUACUACUAGUCAUUGUUUUUAUUUUUUUGUUAAUUUCUGCCAGUUAAGCUUACAGUUCUGUGAAUGGUACAAAAAAUCCUGGCCAUUUGUUGUUUACAGGUCCUAUAGUUUAUUUGACUACACUUUAUAAGUGUACCUAGAAGUAUUAUCUCAAGCAUGUAUAAAUUUACUGAGCUCUUAAACCAAAACCUACCUGUAUUUUCUCAAAUGUUUAUAACUUGAGCAUUAGGCCCAGAUUAGUUCUAAUUGAUAUGUAUGAUGUAGAGCUGUUGAUAACUAAAGUAUUAACUACUUUUCCACUGUGGUGUAUUCAGGCUACACUGAUCCCUGUCUACAAAACUGGAACACUUUCCUGUGUACAGUCGCCUACACAUUCCUAUGUCAGAUAUGACUCCACACAUUGUUCUGUAGAGCUGUGACAACACAUCCUGUACUAUGUACCAUGUACAUCUUACAGAUGAUCCACUUCAAACAUUCCCUUUUUCCCCUUUGUGCCCAAAAUGGAUCCGGCAGAUGAAGUAGAGUUUAUCUGUUUCAAUGAAAUCUGUGUAUAGUGGGAUAGUGUGUUCAGGCAAUAUCCCAUCCACCUUAGUCUCCCUAAACGUAUGUUCGAGCUGGACUCAGGGAUGUCUCAAAGACUUGAGUCCGGGAUCCGAACUCGAGACAUUCAGGUUAGCACUCAUAAGCACAACUAUCCGACCAUGCCAACCCCUUACUAAGCUCAAUUUGAUACAAAUUUCUAGAGAUGUGUCAACUGGUUAUUUGACUUGCCACACUUUUUCCAUUGCAUAAAUUAAAUUUUAAUUAUGUUUAAUUUUUGGGACAAAAUACCUCACUAGCUUGAAAACAAAACAGAUGUUUCUAUUUGAAAGAGAUGCUUUAAUAUUUUAAAUGUGAGUCAUAGUGUAUAAAUCUUAGCUUUGUGAAAAAAGUUCUGUGAUACUCAAUUGUAAAAAAUGCCCAGUGGUCAGUUGAUUAGAUGUUGAUAGCUGUGUGUUCAGUAUAUAGUUUUGUCCACUUUUUGUCAUAAUGCUUAGAAAUUUUGAAAGUUGAAAUAUAGAGAAAUAAAUUAUAUUGAAUUAUAUGUAGUAAACAUUUUUAAAAUAGACUAUUAGGAUCAGAAUGAAGUGGAAUGAGUGCAUCUUUUUAGUCUUCAUUAAAAUUCCAAUGUAAUUUAUUUACUUUGGGAAAAAUACACGAGCUUUAAUUUAAUUCUAGUCAAGGUUUUUAUUAAAACAAUUCUAGUUUGAUCUGAAACGGUAGAUAACCUAUACCUUAUUUUAAAAAAUAAUAAUUUGUGGGUGUCUUCCCUUGUUAGCUCAAGCAUAGAAAUGUGGACUAGAAGAGACAUUCUUUUAUCAGCUUUUAUAAAGCCAAUGUCAUGAUAUUACUACAGAUUGCAGGUUUAUCUUUUAAGAAUGUAACAUUUAAACCAUUGCUGCUGGGACUUAGUAUUACUGUUAUUACUUUAAGCCAUUUAUGUACUUUCUUUAAUCAAUCAGUAGUCUAAUGAUGUAUGUUUGUUACAUUUGUUUUUAUUGCAGUCAAUGUUAGUAAACUUAUGGUUGUGAAUGAACUGUUUAAACUUACAUUCAUUCAUUUACAGAUUUUAUUCUUGUAAUACUACAGUAACAGAAAAUAUUUGUCCAAAGCUUGACUUCAGUAUUAAAAAAUAA